UGAUGUUUCUAUCUCUCUCUGAAAUCAAUAAAAACAUAGUUUAAAAUAAAAGAAGACAGAAGAACCUUUUCUAAUUUCCACUGUAGGUCCCCGGUGGGAGCGUCCGUCUCCUAGGAGUGUGCCUGUUUGGGGCUGGGGACGGAGGGUGGAGUUGCUGCCCCGGGUCUCGGGACUCGCCUCACUCACUCUGCCCCUCCUCCCUCAGGAUGUCCAUGAGGAGCCCCGGCUCUGCCCAGCUGGCCCUGGAUGGCGGUAGCACCAUGGUGAACUGUGCUGUCAAGUCAGAGGGGAGGAAGGAGCCCUGCCACGAGGCCCCCCAGGGCUCAGCUGCCACAGCUGACCCCCAGCCCGGAGACCCAGCCCGGCCUACCCAGGAUGGCGCUGACCCCCAAGCUCUAGCCCAGGAUUGCAGCUCACCAGAGAGCAAUGUGUCCCCAGAACCCAAGAGACCAGGAGGCUCUGAGGCUGCCUCUGGGAGCCAGGAGAAGCUGGACUUCAACCGGAAUUUAAAAGAAGUCGUGCCGGCCAUUGAGAAGCUGCUGUCCAGUGACUGGAAGGAGAGGUUUCUGGGAAGAAGCUCUGUGGAAACAAAGGAUGUCAAAGGGACCCAGGAGAGCCUGGCAGAGAAGGAGCUCCAGCUCCUGGUCAUGAUCCAUCAGCUGUCCACCCUGCGGGACCAGCUCCUGACGGCCCACUCGGAGCAGAAGAACAUGGCUGCCAUGCUCUUCGAGAAGCAGCAGCAGCAGAUGGAGCUGGCCCGGCAGCAGCAGGAACAGAUCGCCAAGCAGCAGCAACAGCUAAUUCAGCAGCAGCACAAAAUCAACCUCCUUCAGCAGCAGAUCCAGGUCAACAUGCCUUAUGUCAUGAUCCCAGCCUUCCCCCCAAGCCACCAACCUCUGCCUGUCACCCCGGACUCCCAGCUGGCUUUGCCCAUUCAGCCAAUCCCUUGCAAACCAGUGGAGUAUCCGCUCCAGCUGCUGCACAGUCCCCCAGCCCCAGCUGUGAAGAGGCCUGGGGCCAUGGCUGCCCACCACCCCCUGCAGGAGCCUUCCCAGCCCCUGAACCUCACAGCCAAGCCCAAGGCCCCCGAGCUGCCCAACACCUCUAGCUCCCCCAGCCUGAAGAUGGGCAACUGUGGGCCCCGCCCCCCCAGCCAUGGAGCUGCCACCCGGGACCUGCAGUCCAGCCCUCCCAGCCUGCCUUUGGGCUUCCUUGGUGAAGGGGACGCUGUCACCAAGGCCAUCCAGGAUGCUCGGCAGCUGCUGCACAGCCACAGCGGGGCCUUGGACAGCUCCCCCAACGUGCCCUUCCGUAAGGACCUCAUCAGCCUGGACACGUCCCCAGUCAAGGAGCGACUGGAAGAGAGCUGUGUGCACCCGCUGGAGGAAGCUAUGCUGGGCUGUGACGUGGACGGCUCCCGCCACUUCCCUGAGUCCCGGAACAGCAGCCACAUCAAGAGGCCCAUGAACGCCUUCAUGGUGUGGGCCAAGGACGAGCGGAGGAAGAUCCUCCAAGCCUUCCCGGACAUGCACAACUCCAGUAUCAGCAAGAUCCUCGGCUCCCGCUGGAAGUCCAUGACCAACCAGGAGAAGCAGCCCUACUACGAGGAGCAAGCAAGAUUGAGCAGGCAGCACCUGGAGAAGUACCCGGACUACAAGUACAAGCCGCGGCCCAAGCGCACUUGCAUCGUGGAGGGCAAGCGGCUGCGGGUAGGCGAGUACAAGGCCCUGAUGAGGACCCGGCGCCAGGAUGCCCGCCAGAGCUACAUGACCCCCUCGCAGGCAGGCCAGGUGCAGAUGAGCUCCCCAGAUGUCCUGUACCCUCGGGUGGCACAGCCCCCGGUGGAGCACUAUGUGCCCCGAAGCCUGGACCCCAACAUGCCUGUCAUCGUGAACACCUGCAGCCUCAGGGAGGAGGCCGAGCCCGCGGAGGACAGGCACUCGGGGGCCGAUGGAGAGAUGUACCGGUACAGCGAAGACGAGGACUCCGAGGGCGAGAAGAGCGAUGGGGAGCUGGUGGUGCUCACGGACUGAUCCCGGGGAAGACCUGGCCUCGAGCAGAGGGCACAGCCAGCUCGCCUGGACUCUGUUGGUACUUGGACUUGGGUGUGCGGGAGACGGCCGGCUGUGUACUUGUAGAUACAGGCCCACUCCCCCCACACCUGCAGGCACACCCGAGGAGCUGCUGACAUAAGUGGCUAGGGCCUGCACUGGGGUGACAGUUGAGCUGUCUGAGCUCCUUGGUCCUUGGGGCUCAUGGUCAGGGGACAUUGUAUGACCCUCCCCUCCUGCAGGUCUACCCACCCCAGGGGUAUGGCAGCUCCAGACCCGUCCCCCUGGAGCCACGUGCUUUGUUUCCAUUCUUGUCCUGGCUGGACCAGCCACCAUGGGACCACACCCCCCGCACCUCCUCCACAUACAUGCACUGCUCCUCUGUCACCAGGGUCACUUUGUACUUUGUGCAGAAAGGUCUGGCUGUCCCUCUGAUUUUAUCUUUUGCUAAGCCCUUUGUGCCUCUGGCUGCUGUGUAUGUGUGUACGCGCGUGUGUGUUUUCAUCUGUUCAUUCAUUGCAUAUUUAUUGAGUGCCCACUGUGUGCCAGGCACUGUUGCUGAGUCCCUGUGGGUGUGUCUCUUGAUGCUACUCUUGCUUCUCUGGGGGCCUCUUUCUGGGCUCUCUUCGUCCCCAAAUUGCUACCUCUGUCAGUCUGGGUGUCUCAGGUUCUGUGCAUCCUGUAUGCGUUUCUCUCCAUCCCUAUCUCUCUGCAGGGCCCUGUUUGUGUCUCUCUCCCUUCCUUGGUGUCUGACUCUGCCCCUCUGCCCACUGGUCACUCUGGGUCUCUGAAGGCCCCUGGGCCACCCUGCCCUCCCCUGCCCACCCUUUUACCCCCGCCCUGACCCUUGCUGGUGGAUUCCCACAGAGCCAUUUUUAGUUCUGAGCAGCAGGGAAUGUGCUCAGCCUCCAAGGAGCUCUGUCCUGGUGGCCCAGACCCUGGUCCCAAUCCAAGUGCCAGGAGCGGGAGCAGAGGGACUGAUGGCGCACCCCUUCCUGUCAGUGACAGAGGCCCUGGAGAGUGGGGCUCCCAUGGCAGCUGGUCUCCAUUCCUCCCUCUUGAGCAGGGGACGGGAGGGCUCUCCAAGAAUGGAGAAGAGGCUCAUGCUCUGUCCCCUCCACACAGCUCUGCCCUCGCCCUGCCUGCCCUGCACUCUGCACUGGGGGACUUGCCCCUGCUCCUGAUCACGUUCGCAAGGUAUUUCCUUAAGAAAAUGAAAUCUCACUGGCAUGACUCCAAAGAUCCAGGUGUGUCAGAGUCGGAAGGGAACCCCAAAUCCCACAGGGGCAGAUGUGGAGUCUGUGCCUACCCCCAUCUUCUCCCCAAAGCCCUACUUCUCUCCAGGCUGUUUCUUUUUUUAUGACUGUAAACAUAGUGCUUUAUUUUGUUAAUAAUAAGAUAAUGAUGAGUAACUUAACCAGCACGUUUCUCCUGUUUACACUCGGGGAAUUUUUUGUUUUCUGUUAGUGUAAUAAAGGCAGAUCAUUUCAGCA